AUGCAGAGGAGUCCUAAUACAACAUGUAAAGCAACUCAGGAUCACAUGUGAGUACAGGAUUUCUGUUUUCCAUCUCUUUUUUUAGCACAUGAGCCACAUCAUCCCUCUUUUGUGCUCCAGUUUCUCCACAAACAUUUGGAACAACUAUUUCAUUUGAUUUUAAACACGAAACACACACAACAGAAAUAAUCUUUUAUGCAUUUAGUAAAAGUUCGGUACAAUCUUGGAUUUAUGCUUCCUCUGAUCGAUAUAAAACUGUCCUCAUUAAGUUCAUAUCCACAGCAGCAGAAUGCUGUCUGUAGCAGUUAAGUUUAGCAAAGUGAUGCCCCAACUAAAAGUGACAAGGUGUUAGACAUCUGGAAAGUGACUUAGAUGACAGUUUAGAGUUUCAUCAUAUCAAAACAUGAUUCAACAAACUCUAAAAGGAAACCAGAAGAUCAUCCAUAUGUCAGUAAACCUUUCCAAAAACUAGAGAUCCUUGUUUCCAUUCAUCUAAAAACAAGGGUGCCAUUUGUCACAUCAAGCUCCCCUGCAAGUCAUUCCAGCUGCACAGAAAUCAGACCCCUGUUCAGUAUUUCCAGACAUGACGAGACCAAAACCUUUCCCUAUGCUGCGCUUGUGGAUGUCCAAACUAAAGCAGCUGAGACGCAGCAGUGUUAUCAGGUUGCGUGAACAUACCGCAAAUUGAUUUACAGCUGAGUCAGAUAUAGUGCAACUUCCGAUGCUGCUCGUACAGUCUUAGCUGGGCAGUGGGACAAGUUUCCAUGACAGGGAGAGUCUACGGAAAAACCCAAAGUCGUGCCAGUAUCUCAGGUGCCUGCAGACAGUUGACACUGCAAACAUACAUGAACAUGAUGUAUGUGGAGGCAGUGAUAGGUUUUCAUGUGACAUGUCUGUUUGUGUGUGUUUGCGUCAUGCAGUUUCAACCCCCUGGAAAGCCACGAGCAGCCGCAUGUAAAGGAGAACCGGGACUCCGAGGACCCCAGAGAAUACUGUUAUGGUACAGCAGACUCUUUAUUUAUCUGCAAACUGCUUGCCAAUGUUAACACACUAAAAGGAUCAUCACAGCCAUGAUCCAUUGCAAAGUUCAAGGUUCAUAUGUGACAAACAUAUAGCAUAUAGUACAUUAUAUUCUGGUUGAUUGCCUGAUGGGGCCAUCACCAGAGCUAAACUGCCAAAGACAACGUAUAGGCUGAUUUUUGAACUGGGAUUAAAGAUUAAUGCUGCAUUUCAGUAACCUCAGAAGUCAGAAGUUGGAGCUGGGAAUGACGUUACACCCAAGUUGACGGCGUUCCAGUUAACAAGUCGGAAAACCAAGAUGGAUGCCUACUGUUAGACGUUGUUAGCUGUUGUUUACAAUUGUCAGCUGUCGCUGGUUGAUGUCAGUUGUUGUUAGCGGUUGUCAGCUAUUGUUUGCUGUUGUUAGUUGUUGUUAGCUAUAUCAGUUGUAAACAACAUAGAACACAGUAUUUUACUCUUACAAACACCAUAGCACCGUGUUCACAGUUAGACAUUGGGCAGUAUAACAUAUACCACUUAUUUAAUUUAACAAAAACAAAACAGAAGUGCAAAUAAAUAAUAUGUUACGAGAGCUUUCACUAUUACUCUUUGCUGUUGAUGCACUGCGCUGCCAUCUUGGAUUAUGAUGUUGACAUCAAGUCGGGGUUGGUGAGGAUCGUCCGACUUUCAGAUUCGGAUAUCUGACUUCAGAGGGGCGUUCCAGAUGAAUUUCAGACUCGCAGCUCGGAAAUUCCAACUUCCGAAUACAACUGGAAUGCAGCAUUAAUCAGUGCUGCAAUUUCCUUUUCCUCUCUGCUGACAUACAUGUGCUCCAAUGAGACAAUAUGGUCAGAUCAGCUGGUGGUCUUACUGUGGAGGAAACUAAACCUGAUGAAUAAGACUACACAGAUUGAAACAGUAUUUCAAAGGCAGGAUGAGUGCUCUGAGCUCGGAUUAUGAAUAUAAAAAGAUAUUCUGUAAUAAGUUCAAGUUUUCUUGUAAAAUGUUGGAAAGCUCCACUGCUUUAGGGUGGUAAAAUAUUCAAAUAGAACAAAUUCGGACAGGGGAAUUUUUCUCUGGUUGAAUCCCAAGGAGAUCUUACUCUCCUUCUUUUCUUUCCUAUAAUAUAUGAAGUUGCUUACAGCUUUAUACUUCUAAAAUACUUUUUGAAACGUAUUUUUAAAUAUAUAGCACCUUCCCUGGUCCUACAUGUAAAAAAAAAAAACCCUCAACACCAGGGCUGCAACUUUAAAGAGACUUUAAGGUUAACUAACCAGCAAAUCUUCAGUCUUGAGAAAUCAAGCAGAUGUAGGAGUGCUAAAAACUGCUGUACCAUUGGUGUCCACUUGACACCAUGUACCCACCAUGACAAAAAGUCUAUUUUUAAGAGCAAAAAUAAACAUGUUUAAAGCCAGGUUACAAAACAUAUUGGGUCUGAUCAGCUCAGGAACCCCCAAGCAUCCACUGAACAGCAAGAAAACUCCUUUGUGACAUGUUUGUUUUGUAGAUAUUAAGGCUAGGAGAUUGGAGAUUGAGAGGCAGCUGUGCACACUGUAAUUUGCUGCCACUUGGAAAGAGCCUAACAUUGAUUAUGACCACUAACCUGCCUUAAUACCUCAGUGUAAAUCCUCUGAUUGGCUCCCAUCCUUUGGUUUGCCUUUUCUUAGUUACUCUGUCCUGAGACAUUCAGCUUUCUGACACAUAUUUUUGAUUUUUUAUGCCCUUUAAGUGCUUCCCCCUCGCUGUCAUGGCCUCAGUCCACAGUUAUCCCUCUCUCAUUGUAAAUCACUUGAACCUGCAGUAUCUCUUUGCCCAUUCUGACCUUGCUCCCUCUGUUCUUCCUCUCUUUCCUGCCAGCUGUGCAGGUUUCUGCGAGUAUCUCUGGAGGGCAGAUAAGCUGCUGAGUAUGUGAUACUACAGAUACCUGACACAGUAAUAAAUCAUAAACCAUCUUAUAUCAUGUUCACUUUUAAUAGAAAAAGAGAUUCAAUUUCCAGAUCUCUGACAAUGUCCAAGAAGUGUGUGUCUUGCUGUCUCAAAGAGAGCUGAUACAGGCUUAUGCAUCAUCAUUUUUCAGAGUCCUGCUGGCAGAUUUAAAUGUAUUACUCACUGCAGACAUGGUACAGCUUAGAGGAAGUUGUAAUGCCAGAAAUAGCUUUAGAGCCACAUUUUUUGUCCUCGCUCUCUAAAGCUCUCAGAACAGCAGAAUAAAUUCCUAAUGUGUCACAAAUGCUGCACACAUUGAUCAAUCCCAGGAGGGCCACUUCACAAUCUGAGUUUAUAUUAAAAAUAUAUCAAAAGACAUGACUUUGGCUGAUCUCAUAUUUUUCUUUUUUAUCUCCUCAGGAGGGUACCACCCUGUCCAGAUAGGUGACACCCUUAACGGACGUUACCAGGUGCUUUCUAAGCUCGGCUGGGGUUAUUUCUCCACCGUCUGGCUGUGCUUGGAUCACACGUAGGUUUAAUUGGGGACUGUAUAAAAGUGAUCAGGAUGGAGAGGUGGGGGAGAGUCUUAAGUUUCACUUUCCAAAAAGGAAAGAGACUUUUCAGUGUGACCUUUGGAUGAUCGUGGGCCAGCGUCCUGUGUGUUCCAGCAGUAUAUUAACCUUAUGGGUUCAUUAGAGUGUAAAGACACAAUGAAAGGUUAAUGGGAUUAAAUAAUUACAAAUACUAUUCACCAGGUACAUUAUAAGACAGAUAUACACAGUCACUCCUACAUUUCAAAACAACAUCCUCUCUAUGGUACCACGACUCUCAGAUGACAGUUGACUCUGUGAGGUUACCUACUGCAAGGGGUAGCACAUGUCUGCAGACCCAGAGGCUGCAGAGACAGGACUGCAAUUCUGGGACUAGAAUUCUUAGACCUUUGUUGUUUGAAGCAGUUUGGUGAUUGUGCUGGGCUGCCAAGUGUCAGUGUCUUACCAUGAUCAUAAACUGUUGAAACGACACAAGAGUCUCAUAGAUGUUACUCGACGGAUUUGACUGCAUGGACCAAGAAAGGGCAACUGAACACAUCUGUUGAUGUACUUGGAUGCAGCCCAUUACCAAAACUGACCAUGUCAAAAAAGUCAGUGGCUGGCCUGACAGUCUAAGUGCGCUCCAUACACAGACACUACAAUCUUUGUCUUAGCAGCUGCUAGUUUGACUCCGAUCCACGAUUCACUGCUGCAUGUCUCCCCUUUGCUGAGUUGGUUACAAUCUUAAUCCUUCUUUUUGAAACUUGUUCAAAAAUUUUGUGAUUAGUGUAGGAAAUCAUUGACUGAUUCAUUACGUAAGAAAUGAAACACACUCUUUUCACACUUAAACACAGAAUUUUGCAGAGGGUUACUACUUUGUCCUGAAUGCCUGCAGGUCUGAUCUGGUGUUUCUGUUGAUGCAGGCUCAGUCGGCGUGUGGCUGUGAAGGUGCUGAAAAGUGGACCCGGCUUCACUCAGGCAGGACAGGAUGAACUCGCCCUCCUUCGAUGUGUCAGUCAUGCACAGUUUGUUUGCUCUGUCUUUGACCCUUCUCCACUUUUCUGCUUUUCAAACAUUUCUUUGUCUUUUAUUCGGACAGUUUAUUCAUCAUUAGACUCUUCUGACUGUCUUGUCUCUUUUCUCCUCAGGCCAGUGGUCCUACAACCCGCCAUCCCCUUAGUCGAAGGAUUGUGAAGCUGUUGGAUGAGUUCAAGUUGGUUGGGGUCAAUGGGAUCCGUAUCCUUUUGCAUACUUUCAUGACCCGAAACUGAGGGCUGAAGAAAUCUAAGCUGGUGUAGUUUUGAGGGGACCUCAAAUGCACUUACAAGAUCAGAAAGUGCAAGAUAAUUAUGCAGACAUCUAAAUAAUUUAUCACUUUGGACCAGUAGUGCUUUUAGAGAUGUGCCAUUCACAUAUUGCAUCAUGCAGUGAAAACCUCAUAGCUAGCACUCUGUAAAAAUGUGAACACAGCCUUGAUACCUGUGGUCAGAUAUUUGCCUGGUCCUGGAGCUGCUGGGACCUGAUCUGAGAAGCUGGCAGAUUUGUUUUGGGAAUCCCGGACUGUCACAGCCUUUGGUCAAACAAAUACUCACUCAGGUAAAAACUGCAAGGACUGAAGAUAUGUUGAUAGACUACUGGAACAAUUUGGUUCUUAAGUUACUAUUUUUAUCUAACCACUUUGGACUCAUGGGCUAGAAAAACUUGUUUUGUGUUUGCUCUAGGUGCUGCAGGGCUUGUACUACCUCCACACUCAGUGUCAAAUCAUCCACACAGACAUCAAGCCUGAGAACAUCCUGCUGUUUUCUGAAGACCUGUCCCAUGUUGUUCCAGCAGGGGGCAGCAGCAGCUCCUCCUCUGUGCUGACCAGGAAAGAGGCCAACUCUACAGGUACAGUUUAACUUUUGUUAACACAACAGGGUUCAUCAUAUGUGUGCAUAAAGCAGAUGUGUAAUCUUUACUCUGUAGAUACUCUAGGCCUAAAUCAUACAAGACAUUUGUUGCACUGUGUUAACUGAAGAAGCCAGAUGACCUGAUGCAUGAUUUUCUUUUUUUUGUUUCUCCAGUGAAGGAACAGAUCAACCAACACAGUCUGAAGGACAUCACAGUGAAGAUUGCAGACCUGGGCAGCUCCUGCUGGGUGGUCAGUACUUGUGCUGUACUUACAGGUUUUCAUGUAUGACAAGCUAAUUGUGAAGUUUGUUUUUAACCCAAAGAGACUAUCUCUCCCUGUAAUCUUAAAUUGACUGCCUAAUUUGUUUCUAAAGGGAUAAUCUCUGCAGGUAAAAGUCAUGACUUUUUUGACUGAUUUAUACUGAUAAUCUCUUUCUUUGUUAUGCUUGUUUCUUUUGUUUGGAGCAGUACAAACAUUUCUGUGAGGAGAUCCAGACCCGGCAGUAUCGCUCUCUGGAGGUUUUACUGGGAUCUGAGUAUGGCCCGCCUGCUGAUAUCUGGAGUGUCGCCUGCAUGGUGAGGAAUAAAAAUAAACUAUAUGAUCUUCCCAGGCCUUCUACAUGCUUAUGUGGAAUACAGGAAGGGAGAGCAGCAGCAAAGAUGAUACAAACAGCAUUUAGAGAAGCAGCUGGGGUGGAGGUGGGCUGCAAAGUCAUAUGCAAAGGAAAGCAUCCAUUAGACUGUUCGACAAGCGAAUACAUAUGGUAACCGGCUGGGCCAUCAGCUGAUAUGGGCAGCUGUUAAAGAUCCUGUGAGAAGCUUUUGGCUCAUGUCAACUUUGGUGGACAAAACCCUGUGGAUAAAAACAGUCAUUCUACAUACUGAAAUAGUGUCUUAACCUUUGCAGCUUUUAGGGUCAAAUACACCUUUUUAUUUUUAAAGUGGAAAAUGCUAUAUAUGCUUUUUUAAAGGGUGGCUCCAAUGACUCCUAUCCCUUUGCACCAGUUCCAGCCAUGAGAAAUUACUGAACAAAAAUACACAAAUUUUAUCAUCUAUUGUCUUGUUUGCAUUUUAUAUAAUAAAAAGCAUCUAUAUUAAUAUCAGUUUUUUUCAUUAAUCUCAAAAACCUCCUCACAGGAGCUUUAAGACCCCCUUAUGUACUCUGGGCUGGGUCUGACUUCCUAACCUGCAUCGACAUGCAGUACAGCACACUCAGUAUUUGGCUACAUUAUCCUAUCAAAGGCUUUAAAACCUUGCACAAACUCCAAUCUGCUGUCAAACCAGAGUGUGUCUUUGGGAAACAGAAUCAGAUUUUGUGCCUGGUAUGUAGCAGUGUUGCAUUUAUGCCAUAUUAAAUAAGAAUUGAUCCAAAGCUGUGUUAAUAUAGAAAGCCUGGAAAGUGAGGGAGUGUAAGAUCGAGGUGUGUUCUAGCCAAAAUGGACUAUUUUCCAUGAUCUGUGUAGUGAGCACAAAUGUUGCAUCAUCUUGUUUCAAUAAGAGCCUGAAAUAGACCAAGCACACAGCUCCACAGUGGGUCUUUUACAAGUUUUGUCGCCAGUGUAGGUUCUCCUUCCUCCUACACUCUUGGAAAGGAGGUGUUGGAUGCAUCUGUUUGUUCUCUCCACAGAAAGUUACAAAAGAGAAAUUUUAUCCUGUAUUACAAAAUACCAAGAAUUAAAUUUGAGACUCUUGAUACCAUUAACAUGAGUAAUUUGGUUUUUAAUAGGUGGAGAUAGGUUAUUCGAAAAAUUUACCAAAAAAUGUUGUAAAACUUUAUUUAUCAAGUCCCUCAUGUAAGGAAGUGUGGCACUGAUUCAUUUUGAAACUUCAAAUUGGACUUUUCUGUAAUUGCAACCAAAGAUGGGAUUGAGGCACUUGUUGAGAACUGGCGAGAGUACAUAAGAAAAAAAUCGACCAAGUUUGAUUUAUCACCAAGACAGAAGAAAGCCUGAUUCCGUUUCAAGACCACCCUACAUCAAACGACUAAGAUCACAAGAGUACACCCUGACUCCAGUAAAACCCUUAUGAUUUUAUUCUGACCUUUAACAUUUGUGACUUUCAAAAGUUGUGUAAUAUAGCCAAGCAAAAGUCCAGCACCUUGAUUUUAACAUUAAAUCCUGUCUCUGAUGGGGAAAAUAGCCAAUCAUACUAUGGAGUGGCACCUGGGGUCGCUAAUUAGACCACGAGGGGGGCCCGUGCCAACCCUCUGGACUCACCCCUGCCCACUUUGACAUCCAUCUUGUCUUUUAAUUGUUUUUUUAUUCAUUUAUUUUGCUUUUUCUCAGGCCUUUGAGUUGGUCACUGGGGACUCCCUGUUUGAACCCAAAGCCAGCGAGUCUGUUUCCCUGGAGGAAGGUACGUUUAGUGCAGACUGCUGACUCUGGCAAAGAAUAAGGGGAUUACACCUUGCAUUGUAGUUGCUGGGGCCAUUUAUGCUAAUGUAUGUUGUAAAUUUGUGCAUCUAUCACAGACCAUAUAGCCCAGAUCAUGAUGCGGCUUGGUAAAAUCCCACCAGCCCUUGCUUUAUCGGGCAAAUACUCUGGAGAGUACUUCAGCCGUAGAGGUAAGUCUGUAACUUAAGGUUCAAAAGGAGUCAAAAAUCUGUUUACCAGCCUGACUUUACUUCUUAUUGAUGUAUCUUGGCUUUGAAUCAAACAGAGGGGAAGAGGGAGCUGGGUUUGGGGCAAAGCUUUAGAGUUACCCAUUGAUCCACCUUUCUAAUCCCAUGUUUUUGCGAUGAGCUUUGGUUAAUUAUUGAUUAAAAGGAUGAGAUCAUAUAUACACAUUGAGGUGGUACAAGCAUCUUAUUAGGAUGCUUUGAGAUGUAGAUAGGCCAGUGAUAGUAUGCAUGGAUGAAUGCACAGAUACAUGGAUACCAUUGUGUAACACUGUUUGUUUCUCACUCAGGUGAUCUGCGUCACGUCGGCCCGCUGAGGCUCUGGAGCCUUUAUGAUGUCCUGGUGGAGAAAUACCAUUUCUUACUUGAGGAGGCCUCUAAAUUCUCAGACUUUCUGCUCUGUAUGUUGGAUUAUUACCCAGAGAGGAGGGCAACUGCUGCACAGUGUCUCCGACACCCAUGGUUGACCUUAUGA